AUUUUUCACCUUUUUAUCAUCGUUUUUGGAAAAAUGCAAAACGUUCAAGCCGCAUGUCCCUACCGCCAUAGAUGAAGUCGGCAGACUCCAAUGCCGGCUUUAACAUCGAUGCAAUUAGGGCAACCCAUCCCGCUACGUAUCCACCUUCAAAUUACAAUCGAAGGGCUGAUGAUGAAUUGUCUCCCAUAUUAAAGCACCUCUUUUAAAGACCAUCCCAAAAAUCUCCGUCUUCCGCCGUCCAGCAUUGCCGCCGACCCUCGCCAUCCUCCUCUCGUCUUUCGCCAAAAGGCUCAGCAAGGAUGGUGAGAGUUAGUGUCUUGAAUGAUGCUCUCAAGAGCAUGUACAAUGCCGAGAAGCGUGGAAAGAGGCAGGUGAUGAUUAGACCAUCCUCAAAAGUCAUCAUCAAGUUUCUUCUGGUCAUGCAGAAGCACGGAUACAUUGGCGAGUUUGAAUUUGUGGAUGACCACAGAGCUGGUAAGAUUGUCGUUGAAUUGAAUGGGCGGUUGAACAAGUGUGGUGUAAUCAGUCCACGCUUUGAUGUGGGUGUCAAAGAAAUUGAGCCCUGGACUGCAAGGUUGCUCCCAUCACGGCAGUUCGGCUUCAUUGUUCUGACGACAUCCGCAGGCAUCAUGGACCAUGAGGAAGCUAGGAGAAAGAAUGUUGGUGGCAAAGUGCUUGGCUUCUUUUAUUAGGUUGGUUGGAGGAUGUAAUUUGGUACUCAUGGUUCCUCUCAUAGAAGAUUUUGGAAUUUGAUGGUUAUUUUUGUUCUCCUUGUCCGUUUGCCUUGGAUCUUUUCUUCCUUUUGACUGCAAUUGCAAAUUCAACCUAUCACUUUAAGAAGAUAAUUUCUUUCCGUCUAUUACUGAUAAUUGUUCAUGA